CAGAGUGAUGAGGCUCCUGCAGACCUCACGGAGGGAACAGAGCUCCACGGAGCGCAGAGAGCUGCAGGCUGAAGACGAGCGUUUCAUUAACAAAGAAAACUUUUCAUCGCGCGUCUGCGGACACUCUGACGGAGGAGAAAGUGCUGAGGAGUUUUUGUGCACACUCGGAUUUCUGUACAUGCGGCGCAGCCCGACCGGGACAUCUGGAGGAAAAGACCGUGCGGCUGAAGAAGAAGGACAGAGCGUUUUUAAAUCUGUGAAGUGGAACUGAUUUGAUUGACUGGAUCCAGACUACGAGCGUUUCGGGGUGUGAAUAAAUCCCGUUUUCCACCAUUUUCUUGCAGAGUUGUGGACAUUGCUGUGGAGUAAUAAAGGAAUGCAGCAGUAGAGACCCCCACACUGCUUUGACUCAGCUGCUGGACUUUAGUUGUUCUUUAUCUUUUUCUGCCGCCGGUGAACAGUUGGAGCUUUUUGGAAAGACUUCUACUUUGUGGAAACUACUUUUUGUCUCAUUUAUCAGGGGUUUGUUUGCCAUCAUGGCGGUAGAGAGAAGCUGGCGGUGGGUUUGGAUAACGGGUCUGUCUCUGGUCUUUGCGUUCCUCUUCCAGCCGUGUGCCGCUCAGUAUGAGAAGGGGAUUUCCAUACCGGAGCACGGCUUCUGCCAGCCCAUCUCCAUCCCCCUCUGCACGGACAUCGCCUACAACCAGACCAUCAUGCCCAACCUGCUGGGGCACACCAACCAGGAGGACGCUGGGCUGGAGGUCCACCAGUUUUACCCGCUGGUUAAAGUCCAGUGCUCUGUGGACCUGAAGUUCUUCCUGUGCUCCAUGUACGCGCCCGUUUGCACGGUUCUGGAGCAGGCCAUACCGCCCUGCAGGUCGCUGUGUGAGCGGGCACGGCAGGGCUGCGAGGCGCUCAUGAAUAAAUUCGGCUUCCAGUGGCCGGAGAGGCUGCGCUGCGAGAACUUCCCGGUCCACGGAGCAGGAGAGAUCUGCGUGGGUCAGAACACGACUGACGCCGACGGCCCCACAUCCGACCCGACCCCCAAGCUCCCUGAGCUUGUGACCCUCCCGCCGUAUGUCAGGACCACGCAGCCCUUCUCCUGCCCCCUGCAGCUCCAGGUGCCCACCUACCUCAACUACCACUUCCUGGGGGCAAAGGACUGCGGUGCGCCCUGCGAGGUCUCCAAGCCCAACGGACUGAUGUAUUUCCGUGAGGAAGAGUUAAAGUUUGGCCGGCUCUGGGUCGGUAUCUGGUCCGUUCUGUGUUGUGUGAGCACCCUCUUCACCGUGCUCACGUAUCUGGUGGACAUGAGGCGGUUUCGGUACCCAGAGAGACCGAUCAUCUUCCUGUCCGGCUGCUACUUCAUGGUGGCGGUGGCCUACGCCGCCGGCUUCCUGUUGGAGGACAAAGUAGUGUGUAUUGAUAAGUUCGGUACGGACAGCUACAAGAUGGUGGCCCAGGGCACCAAAAAAGAAGGCUGCACCAUUCUCUUCAUGAUCCUCUACUUCUUUGGCAUGGCCAGCUCCAUCUGGUGGGUGAUCCUGUCCCUCACCUGGUUUCUGUCAGCCGGGAUGAAGUGGGGCCACGAGGCCAUUGAGGCCAACUCGCAGUACUUCCACCUGGCAGCCUGGGCGGUGCCCGCAGUUAAAACCAUCACCAUCCUGGCUAUGGGGCAGGUGGACGGCGACCUUCUCACCGGUGUCUGCUACGUGGGGAUCUACAACGUGGACGCCCUCCGGGGCUUCGUCCUGGCGCCGCUGUUCGUCUACCUCUUCAUCGGCACUUCCUUCCUGUUGGCGGGCUUCGUCUCGCUCUUCCGCAUCCGCACGAUCAUGAAGCACGACGGCACCAAGACGGAGAAGCUGGAGAAGCUGAUGGUGCGCAUCGGCGUGUUCAGCGUGCUGUACACGGUGCCCGCCACCAUCGUCAUCGCCUGCUACUUCUACGAGCAGGCUUUCCGGCCGCAGUGGGAGAGGACGUGGCACAUGCAGACGUGCAAGCGCUUCGCCGUGCCGUGCCCGUCCGGAAACUUCGCACCGUUGACGCCGGACUUCACCGUGUUCAUGAUCAAGUACCUGAUGACCAUGAUCGUGGGGAUCACGUCUGGCUUCUGGAUCUGGUCUGGGAAGACGCUGCAGUCGUGGCGCAGGUUUUAUAAGAGACUGACUAACGGCAACCAGGGAGAGACGACGGUGUAGAGCCGGAGGAGGAGGAGGGGUGUGUUUACUCGGACAUUUGACUCUGGGAAGUAAAAACAGACAGUUGUCUUGUGCUCAGAUCUGACUGAGCCAUUUGUUCAGAGGACAGAUGGAAGUCUGGCUGCUCUGACACGAGAGAAGAGCUCAGUCAUGAACACUCGAGGACCACUCGUUAUAUCCUUCAGCUGCGGUCACAGCGUCUUUGAUUCUGCCACAAAUGACUUUUCCACUUGUAGCUCUUUAUUUUUUCUUGUAACUGAAACAGGAUUUAGAGCCUUUUGAGGAAGUUGGGUAACAUUUUAUUUUACGGGUCUGAAGUUUGACGUUACCUGGGAGAAAAACAAUCUGAUACUAAAUGAACUAAUUUCAUUAUCUGUUAAUUCUUCAGUCUUUACGAUGUCCAUGCCAGAGUGGAAGGUGGCGUCUUCAGGUGUCCGACCAAAGUUUAAAAGAGUUUCAGCUUGGAAUAAAACAAAUACAAAAAACCUAUAAACACUUUGAGCCAGCUGAACAUUUACAUUUCACCUUUUACAUUUACUCAUUUGGCAACAUAAACCCAUCAUGCUGUUUACAAUUAGAGGAAUAAUGAACGCACAUUUACUUUUUAAAAUCCCUGUUCAGUUCAAGUGUGUCUCGCACAGAUUGUUGUAGUUUGACUCGUGGAGGUAAUAAAUGUUCUUUAGCCUUUAACAUCCAACUGCUGCGAUUUGUGUCAGAAAUGCUGAGAAUUCAGCUGCUUUGAAUGGGAACAGAUAUAAGUCACUUAAAUCCACGGUAACUUUAAGAAUUACGUUCUGUUUUUGUAAACUCUCAGAUAUCAGUAACGACGUCAGCCUCAGAAAUCCUCAGUGUGGAUUUAAAGUUCCUGAUCUUCCUCACAGUUGUUAUUAAAUUAAGUUUUUUCUGACCCGUAGGAUGAAGCGUUACCAGACUGUAAUGUGUAUUUCCAUGUCUGUUGAAUCCAUGUUUCCCAGUUUAGAGCAGAACUGCCUCAUUCAUUCAUCCAUGUAAAUAUACUCUGAGAGGAACGUAUGUAUUUAUGAGUGUUUUAAACGUGUGUUUGAUGCUACACGGCGUGUACUUGUACAGUUUUUCAGAAUAAAAGGUUUUUAAAAAGCUGCA